GGGUCCUGUCAGUCUAUAAUCAACUACUGUACUUCUAUAGUCUCCCUUUAACGUCUUCCUGUCGCCACCUUUCACUUCCCGGGUCACCAUUCCCGGAGCACGGCGGGGACUUCCUGUCCCAGAGUCCCCCACACCGAAUCAUGGACCACAAUGACAAUGAUUUGCAGGGGACAAAUAGUUCUGGAUCAUUGGGUGGUCUUGAUGUUCGCCGACGCAUCCCUAUAAAGCUCAUCUCCAAACAGACCAACAAAGCUAAACCUACACCACCUCGUCCUGCAAGAAGUAUGAACAGGGUACCAUCAAAGCCUGGAGAAGAAGAAGAAUUUGACUACAAUGAAGAAGAGCGGUAUGAAUGCAAAGGUGGUGAUGUAUUUAGUAAUCAAAGGCGGUUCCCUGGACACCUUUUCUGGGACUUCAAGAUAAAUUUGCUUGGCGAGAAAGAUGAUACCCCAAUCCAUUUCUGUGACAAAUGUGGGCUGGCCAUCAAAAUGUAUGGACGUAUGAUACCCUGCAAGCAUGUAUUCUGCUAUGAUUGUGCUCUUUUACAUGAAAAAAAAGGUGACAAGAUGUGUCCAGGCUGUAAUGAGCCUGUGCAGCGAAUUGAACAGUGUGUACGAGGGUCUCUCUUCAUGUGUAGUAUUGUGCAAGGGUGCAAGAGAACAUAUUUAUCCCAGAGAGACUUACAGGCUCACAUCAACCAUCGCCAUAUGAGAGCUGGCAAGCCAGUUGCACGCCCUCCGAUCGAGCCUGUUCAUCCUCCUAUAGCUCCUCCUCCUGCUGAAAUCCCAGAGCGGUUCAUAAUGCCACCUGACAAGCAUCAUCUGAGCCACAUUCCACCAAAACAGCACAUCAUGAUGCCACCUCCGCCGUUGCAGCAUGUGCCACACGAGCACUAUAACCAGCCACAUGAAGACAUUCGUGCAUCCCCAGCAGAGAUGUCCAUGGCUCCUCCUCCCCCUCGCUCAGUCAGUCAGGACACCUUUCGCAUAUCUACAAGAAAACACAGCAAUCUUAUAACUGUCCCUAUACAAGAUGAUUCAAGCGCUGGUUCACGUGAACCACCUCCACCAGCCCCAACACCUGCUCACCAUCAUCCUGAGUACCAGGGCCAACCAGUGGUAUCCCACCCUCAUCAUAUUAUGCCACCACAGCAACAUUAUGCACCACCCCCUCCUCCACCUCCGCCAAUAAGUCAUCCCAUGCAACAUCCUCCCCAGACAGCAGGUACUCCUCAUCUGGUUUAUAGCCAAGCUCCACCACCUCCAAUGACCUCUGCUCCUCCACCAAUCACCCCUCCUCCUGGACAUAUCAUUGCCCAGCUGCCUCCAUAUAUGAAUCACCCUCCACCUGGACCACCACCACCUCAGCAUGGUGGCCCACCUGUAAAUGUAAAUGCACCCCCUCCCCAUCACUAUAACCCUAAUGCUUUGCCAAAGUUCAGUGAAGACCAAGGAACUCUCAGUCCUCCGUUCACUCAGCCAGGGGGAAUGAGUCCAGGCAUAUGGCCAGCCCCAAGAGGGCCACCACCGCCACCAAGAAUGCAAGGUCCACCUUCUCAGGCUCCACUUCCUGGACCACACCACCCUGAUCAAGCCAGAUACAGGCCAUACUAUCAAUGAUGUUAAUAGUAACUUGAACUAAAGUAUGAUAUAGGAAAGAUAAUAUUCUAAACAGACGCCUUUUAAUGAUGCUGACUGUUUGGAGAUUUUUUUUCUUUUUCUGUUUCACUUUGUUUAUUUCAAAAAAACCGGUGACUUUAAACACUCUGGGGGACUUAAACCUUAAGAUAAAUUUUUAAAACCUUGAUCGUAGAACUCUUGACACCUGAUAUACCAUAGUACUAAGUGGUUCUGUAGUUGACAGCUAUGUUUUAACAGACAUAGUAUCCAUAGUCUGGUUGAACUACCCCAGAGGUGAACAUUUGUAAUAUUUCCCAAACAACCAAAUACUUAUUGUACCACCUUAAAGUAUUUUUGUUAAAUUCAAUGGUUAGAUUCAUUUGUGAUAACGUUUUCUUUUUUGUCAGCCUGUGUAUAAUUAAAUUUAAAACAUGGUAAAAACGUUUGCUUUUUUUGUUUAAACUUAAAUUUAUUGUUUGUACUGGAGUGGAAAGUAGGAAUAAUGGAUUUGCUUUUAAGAUUUUUCACUCAAUCGUAUCAUUUUCCUGUUUGUAAUCUUUGAGAGAAAAAUAGAUAAACUAGUUCCUUUGAAUGGA